AUGCCUGAGUGUGAGAUGACCUUCAGUCACAGUAGAAUCCAGGAGGGAGGAGAGAAAUAUGAAUGCCCGGAAUGUGGAAAAUCCUUCAAAUCAAAUGGAGAUCUUAAAAAACAUUUAAGAAUCCACACAGGAGAAAAACCAUUUAAAUGCCUGGAGUGUGGAAAGAGCUUCAGUCAGAGGGGACACCUUUAUACACAUCAAAGGAUCCAUUCAGGAGAAAAACCGUAUAAAUGCCUGGAAUGUGGCAAAAGUUUCAGUAUGAGUGGAAACCUUUAUAGACAUCAAAGAAUCCACACAGGAGAGAAACCAUUUAAAUGCCUGGAAUGUGGAAAGCGCUUCUGUCAGAACAGAAAUUUUCAAACCCAUCUAAGAAUCCACACAGGAGAGAAACCAUUUAAAUGCCCGGAGUGUGGAAAGAGCUUCAGUCAGAGGGGAAGCCUUUAUACCCAUCAAAGGAUCCACUCAGGAGAGAAACUGCAUAAAUGUCUGGAGUGUGGAAAGAGCUUCAAUCGGAGGGGACACCUUUAUACACAUCAAAGGAUCCACACAGGAGAGAAACCAUUUAAAUGCCCGGAGUGUGGAAAGAGCUUCAGUCAGAGGGGAAGCCUUUAUACCCAUCAAAGGAUCCACUCAGGAGAGAAACUGCAUAAAUGCCUGGAGUGUGGAAAAAGCUUCAGUCUGAGGGGAAACCUUUAUAAACAUCAAAGGAUCCACUCAGGAGAGAAACAGCAUAAAUGCCCGGAGUGUGGAAAGAGCUUCAAUCUGAGGGGAAACCUUUAUAAACAUCAAAGGAUCCACUCAGGAGAAAAACCACAUAAAUGCCUGGAGUGUGGAAAGAGC